AUGGAACACAAUCCUGCGGCCGAGUUCGCCUCGGUCAUCCAAUCCGCCUCCAUCAAGCGACAUCCAUCUCCAGCCCACGACAUCAAUCCUUCUACAGCGGCCUCCAAGAAGGUCCCGGGCACAGCAGAAUACCCUAGCACGGAAUCGCCGACACACUCACGAUCCCAUUCUCUCGCCUCCGCUAGUACAGCUUCGUCAUCCACAUCCACCAUCCCCAGCGAGAUCAUCCGACAGCGCCCACGCCGCCGAGAUCUACCCCCAAUGCCUGACUUCCGUUUCGAACAGUCCUACCUCGCCAGCAUCAAGAACGCGGAAUCCAACUGGAAAGUCGCUUUCAUUACCAUCCGCGACCAGGUAGUUCUCCCUCUGACACAGGGCAUCCUCUGGAAUCUGGCCAUGUUCGGCUGGCGCCAUUGGAAUCGCGGCACUAAAUUUCGCGGUCGUGGUGUAGGUGCCAGAGUGAGGAAGUGGUGGUGGGGCGUCAACAAUUGGAAAAUGCCCAGCGAGGUCGACCAAGGUGGGAGAGAUGCCAAAGUCCUGAAGAAGGCCGAGGGUUUCUUCGUCAAUCGUUUUGGUACUUCGCUGGGUGACUGA